AUGGAGGCGCCGCGCACCACGGCCAAGCAGCAGGUCGUGGACCGCAUCCCCGCGCGCAUCAAGCACAUUCAGUUUGGCAUCUACUCCAACCAGGACAUUGUCAACCAGGCCGUCCUCGAAGUGUCCGACCGCAAUGUCUACGAUCUCCAGCCCGCCGCCGACAACACACGCACCCUCACGGCCAACGGGCCCAUGGACACGCGCAUGGGCAUAUCGAGCAAGCAGGGAAAAUGCGCAACAUGUGGAGAGGGCCUCGAUACCUGCAAUGGCCACUUUGGCCACAUCAAGCUUGCGCUGCCUGCCUUCCACGUCGGCUACCUGAAGCACAUUAUCGAGGUGCUCAACUGCAUAUGCAAAGACUGCUCCCGCGUCCUGCUGGAUGAAGUCGAGCGGCGCCGCUAUCUGCGCAGCAUGCGCCGCCCGGACAUGGACACUCUGCGAAAAGGCGCCGUGACGAAGAGAAUCUUGGAAGACUGCCGCAAGAAGAAGACGUGCCCCUACUGCAAUGGCCUCCAGGGCACUGUGCGCAAGGUCCCUGGCCAUCCGCUCAAGAUUAUCCACAACCGAUACGAUGCCUUCAACCGCUCCACAGCCAAGACCAAGAAGCCGCCAGCUGGCAAAACCGAGUUUGACCAGUCGUUUGAGACCGCAAAGUCCGCCAAUCCUGAUCUGGACAAGCACCUAAAGAAGGCUGUCGACGAUAUGCAUCCGCUGCGAGUACUGAACCUCUUCAAAAAGAUCUCGCCCGAAGACUGCGAGCUUCUGGCUAUGAUACCCGAAGAUGCGCGACCGGAAAUGUUAAUUUGGGAGUACAUGCCAGUGCCGCCCGUAGCGCUGCGACCGUCGGUCAUGCAAGAAGGAGGCGCAACGGAAGAUGACGUGACCAACAAGAUUGGAGACAUUUGCCAGAUCAGCAGCAUAAUACGUGCGGGUCUCGCACGCGGCUUUCCGCUCCAGAUCCUAAUGGAGCAGUGGGACUUUCUGCAGCUGCAGAUUGCCAUGUACAUCAACAGCGAUGCGCCGGGUCUCAAACAGCAAGGUCUGCAAAAGACUAUGCGCGGUUUCUCUCAGCGUCUCAAGGGCAAGGGCGGUCGGUUCCGACAAAAUCUUUCCGGAAAGCGUGUCGAUUUCUCCGGUCGUACAGUCAUUGGUCCCGAUCCAAACUUGAGCAUUGACGAAGUCGCGGUGCCGGAGCGUAUAGCCAAGAACUUGACGUAUCCCGAAAAAGUCACGCGGUACAACAUCGAGAAGCUGCAGCGGCUGGUCAGGAACGGGUCGAACAAGUACCCUGGAGCCAACUACAUACUCAACGACCAAGGCCCGAACAAGGAACGAGGCAAGAUCUCUCUCAUUGCCCUUUCGCGAUUCGAUACCAAGGGCGAACGUCUUGAGGGUGCCUCGAAACGACUCAAGAUUGGUGACAUUGUUGAACGCCACAUUGAGGAUGGCGACAUUGUUCUCUUUAACCGCCAGCCGUCUCUGCACAAGCUCAGUAUUCUGAGCCAUCGAGCAAAAGUACGACCGUGGCGAACGUUCCGACUCAACGAGUGUGUAUGUAAUCCUUACAACGCCGAUUUCGAUGGUGACGAGAUGAACUUGCACGUUCCACAAACCGAAGAAGCCCGAACCGAAGCUACCGAGCUCAUGGGCGUCAAAUACAACCUGGCUACCCCGAAGAACGGAACACCAAUUAUUGCCGCUAUUCAGGACUUUAUCACAGCAGCGUACCUCCUCAGCAACAAGAACAACUUCUUUGACCGACGCACUUUCUGCCAGAUAGUGAAUUACAUGUUCAAUGGCGAGGGAGCAUUCGACCCGGACACUGGCAAGAGGCAUCCCAUUGAUAUUCCGCCCCCAGUCAUUUGGAAACCGCAGGCCCUCUGGACUGGAAAGCAGGUCUUCAAUCUCCUGAUGCGGCCGUACAAGAAGUGCAGGGUAUUGGUCAAUCUCGAAGCUGCGUGCAAGCAGUUCAAAAACACGCCUGACCAGCCUCCUGACCUAAACGAGAACGAUGCAUAUCUGGUCAUUCGCAAUUCCGAGGUCAUGUGUGGUGUCAUGGACAAGGCCACGGUUGGUGACGGUAAGAAGGACUCGGUCUUCUACGUCAUGAUGCGAGAUUUCGGCCCCGACCAUGCUGUCCAGGGCAUGAACCGGCUCUCCAAGCUUUCUGCGCGAUGGCUCAGCAAUAAUGGUUUUUCGCUCGGUAUCAGUGAUGUGACCCCAGGAGAGAAACUCAACAAGAAGAAGCAGGCUCUCGUAGAGGAAGCGUACGCCAAGUGCGACAAGUUGAUUAAGGACUUCAAGGAAGGAAGGUUGCAGCGCGACCCAGGUUGCGACGAAGAGCAGACAAUGGAAAACAGGAUCGGUGGUAUUCUAUCUGGUGUCCGUCAAGCCGCCGGUGACAUUUGUUUCGAAGAGUUGAGCAGGUGGAACUCUCCUCUGCUCAUGGCCAAGUGUGGUUCAAAGGGAUCCAACAUCAACGUCUCUCAGAUGGUUGCUUCCGUCGGACAACAAAUGAUUGGUGGUGCUCGAGUCGCCGACGGCUUCCAGCACCGAACACUGCCUCACUUUCCUAAGGCUGCACGUCAGCCCGCCUCCAAGGGUUUCGUCAGUAACAGUUUCUUUUCUGGCCUGACACCGUCCGAGUUCAUUUUCCACGCUAUGAGUGGCCGUGAAGGUCUAGUCGAUACCGCUGUCAAGACUGCCGAAACCGGUUACAUGAGUAGACGAUUGAUGAAGUCUUUGGAGGAUCUCUCUGCACAGUACGACGACACUGUCCGAAACUCGUCUGGCACGGUCGUACAGUUCCAGUAUGGAGACGACAACCUCGACCCCGUGGACAUGGAGGGUAAGGCCAAGCCUGUACACUUUGACAGGACCUUUUCACAUUCCGUCACCUCGACUUGGGACAACUCCGAGCCUAGUCUAACGCCCCAGGAAGUCCGCGAAUACACCGAAGCUAGGUUGAAUACCCAGCGGAAUAAGUAUCCUAGGUACAUGUUGGACGGGGUGACGGAGCUGGAGUACCGCGACCAGACCGACAGGGGCAUUGAUCAGAAAGAGUCUAUGCGUGACUUCCUCGAUACCGUGCAAGAAUACGUAUUCAAGAGAGCGCAGAAACUGGAGAUGACACUCGCAUACCUCGGGAUUGUAGAAAAAAAUGACAGAAAAGGCAAGAAACAAUCAGCAGCCGACGCCGACAAGUACAGCCUUGCGGAUGGUAUCGCCAAGAUUUCGCAGAGCGCGCUUGAUACCUUUAUCACGCUCUGUUUGACAAAGUACCACCGUUCCCGUGUUCAGCCCGGCCACGCUGUAGGUGCCAUUGGAGCACAGUCUAUCGGUGAGCCCGGUACGCAAAUGACACUCAAAACUUUCCAUUUUGCGGGCGUCGCUGGUAUGUCUAUCACCCAGGGUGUCCCCCGUAUCAAGGAAAUCAUCAACGCCUCCUCCACCAUCUCGACUCCCGUCAUCGCCUGUGAGCUUUCCAACAAGGUGUCCGAAUCUGCGGCGCGAAUCGUCAAAGCGCGUGUCGAAAAGACUUACCUCCGCGAUGUCAUCUCCUAUGUCGAAGAUGUCUGGCAUCCGCAUGGGGCCUACAUCGCCAUGCGCAUCGAUUGGGACACUGUCAACCAACUGUUUGUCGACGUGCAGCCCCACGAAAUUAUCGCAGCCAUCAACGCCCACAAGCCGCUCAAAUGGGGCAAGGCUGGCGCAAACGUGCGCAUCUCCUCAUCCCUCAUUCGUGUUGAAGUUCCCGACCCCAACGCCGCAAAGAAGCGUCCCGUCAAGACAACACGUAACCACAAGGAAUACUUUGAACGCGUGCAGCAGGUCAAAGCGCUCAUUCCAGAUGUCGUCAUCAAAGGAUAUCCAGACUGUUCGCGUGCCAUUAUCAAGAAAGAAAGCAGUCCCAACGCGCAAGGUCAAUACGAAUGCCAGCUUCUCGUUGAAGGUUACGGUCUACGAGACUGUAUGACAACCCCAGGAAUAGAGCCCUACAACACAAGAUCCAACCACGUCAUGGAAGUCAAGACUGUCCUCGGUAUCGAAGCCGCGCGCGCAACCAUUGUCCGUGAAAUCGGCGAUGUCAUGGGCAACAUGGACAUUGACCCGCGUCACAUGCAGCUUCUUGCCGACGUCAUGACCUUCAAGGGCGAAGUGUUUGGUAUCACGCGUUUCGGUCUACAAAAGACACGCGAUUCAGUCUUGCAACUUGCUAGUUUCGAAAAGACACCCGAUCAUCUAUUCGAGGCUGCUGCUCGCGGUAAAACAGACACGAUUGACGGUGUCAGCGAGUGCAUUAUCAUGGGUCAAAGCGUCAAGUUGGGUACUGGUGCCAUGCAAGUCGUUCGGCCUCUGUAUCUCAGCGACAAGGAUUUGAGUGUUAAGAAAACAAUGUUUGAGGAUGGGUGGGAUGCCCUGUGAUGUUGAUGAUGUAUAUGAGAGGAGAAAAAAUUUGGCGCGAUC